AUGGCGAAGAUAAGUGCCCCCGGAGGAAGCGCGCGGCGCCGGAAGCAGAUUCGUCUAGCACAGCGGGCGCAUCGUCAACGUGAAAAGGAGGCCCUGUCCCGACAUGAAGUCCGAAUUGCACAGCUGGAAACGUCAAUCCAGAAGAUGAACAUGGCGUUCUCCUCUUUUAGUGAGCAACUGGAGAAAAGUGGAGCGUUGGCGCCGCACGCUACCCUCCAAGCCCAUCUCCGUGAUACCUUAACUACGUACAAGUCUCUUGCUGAAGAGGUUGGUAUAACAACCGAUUACGAAUGUCUCCAUCGCUCCUCACAGAGCAUGGUGGCUGUUCCUGUGCAAGAAGAGAAUGUAAGGAGCACUCCAGACUCCUGGUUAUUAUCGGAACUUGAUAGGCUUCUUACACCUCCCAUGGCUCCUAUCUCCAUUCAAAAUCCCCCUGCACCCCUGGGCCCCAGUUCGCCACUAUUAUUCAACACUACAAUGACGACCAUGUCCCUACCCACCGUGGAAAUGUCAGUUUUCAUUCGCCAGCUUCGUGUUGCCUGCGCUCAUUACGCGCUUUUCUCAUUACGUGAUUCCUCCGUGGAUUUGGAGGGUCUGCGAAGCAAAUUCCGGUUCCUUCUGAGCAUAAUAAGCCGUGAGAAUCUAAUCUCGUACUUUGAGGCCGGAGUGGUCGCUAGGGUUCAUCCGGAACGCAUGCUUGAGUGGGAGGAGCUUCCCUUUUUCCGUGUAGGGGGUGCAGGAACCCAUUUCGUCAACUCGCCAUCCUUGCGUUAUGAAAAUCGCCACCCAGUUAGGGAUGAUCCUUUGUCAAGCUUUCCUCCCGAGGUCCAGGGUGAAAUGGAUGGGAGGUGGUAUGAUAUUCGUGAUCUUGAAGGGUUUCUCCAAGAGCAAGGAGUCCGUUUGUUCACAAGCCUGCCCACUGAGUCCGGGCGCAUCCCGUCUAAUGUGGCUGCAGUCAACGUCUCUACACUGAUCAAGGGUAAGAUACCUUAA